CAACCUGGCUCAGCCCCUCUCUUGGGGCCCAUCCGCACAGACCUCUCGAGUGUGUUUUCCUUCUUACCAACCUUUGCUGUUUCCCCAUGUGUGCUGGCGUUUUCAAAUAAACUUUACUGCUUGCUACUAUUCCUCUUGUCCCUGAAUUCUUUUUUGAGACAAGGAAAAUGAGCCUGCACUGGAGCUCACCUCAGGUGCCAACUGGGCUCCGGCAACAUCUCCCUGGUGACCGUGGCAGGACCAGGAAAGAAGUCAUCUUCCUCACAGGACGGCACCUGCCCACUGAAACUGUGCUUCAGGAAAUUCUUCAGACUAGUCCUAUUCAACCCAGGAGAACUUCUCUGGCCAGAAGCCCAUCUUUGCUGAUUGUGAGUGAGAAGACAGCCUGAGAUUACCAUUUGGUCCUAUUAAGAAUACUCUGUUCAGAUGUUGGAGCAUUUGCUUGAAAAAUCCGUCUUAGCCUUUUAAAAGAUAAUUUGCAAAUGGUUAGAAGAAUUGAUUCUUUUUGAGGCUCCUCAUAUCACUUCCUGUGAAAUCUGUAUCUUGCUGUUUAUUCCUAACAAAGAAUCAGAGCUCUUGGAAACCACUUUAAUCAAACCUGAGAGUGUGGAAGAGGCAGGUGCUAAACCUUCCUGCGUCCCCUGAAGGAGGAAAAUGGGCUGUGACCGAAACUGUGGGCUCAUCGCUGGGGCUGUGAUUGGUGCAGUUCUGGCUGUGUUUGGAGGGAUUCUAAUGCCAGUUGGAGACAUGAUUAUCGAGAAUACAAUUCGUAAGGAAGAUGUACUUGAAGAAGGUACAAUUGCUUUUAAAAAUUGGGUUAAAACAGGCACAGAAGUUUACAGACAGUUUUGGAUCUUUGAUGUGCAAAACCCACAGGAAGUGAUAGCUAACAGCAGCAGAAUUAAGGUUAAGCAAAAAGGUCCUUACACGUACAGAGUUCGUUAUCUAGCCAAGGAAAAUAUAACUCAGGACCCUGAAAACCACACAGUCUCUUUUGUACAACCCAAUGGUGCAAUCUUUGAACCUUCACUAUCGAUUGGAACCGAGAAUGAUACUUUUACAGUUCUUAAUCUGGCUGUAGCAGCUGCCCCACAUUUAUAUCCAAACUCAUUUGUUCAGGCGAUACUCAAUUCACUUAUCAAAAAAUCAAAAUCUUCGAUGUUCCAAACCAGGACGGUGAAAGAACUAUUGUGGGGCUAUAAAGAUCCCUUCUUGAGUUUGGUUCCAUAUCCUGUUGCUACCACAAUUGGCGUAUUUUUUCCUUACAACAAUACUGUAGAUGGAGUUUAUAAAGUUUUCAACGGAAAAGAUAACAUAAGCAAAGUUGCCAUAAUUGAUACUUAUAAAGGUAAAAAGAAUCUCUCCUAUUGGCCAAGUUAUUGUGACAUGAUUAAUGGUACAGAUGCAGCCUCAUUUCCUCCUUUUGUUGAGAAGACCCGGGUAUUGCAGUUCUUUUCCUCUGACAUUUGCAGGUCAAUCUAUGCUGUGUUUGGAUCUGAAAUUACUCUGAAAGGAAUCUCUGUUUAUAGAUUUAUUCUUCCAUCGAAGGCCUUUGCCUCUCCAUUUCAAAAUCCAGACAACCACUGUUUUUGCACAGAAAAAAUUAUUUCAAAUAAUUGCACAUCAUAUGGUGUUCUAGACAUUGGCCAAUGCAAAGAAGGAAAACCUGUGUACAUUUCACUUCCUCAUUUUCUACAUGCAAGUCCUGAUAUUUCAGAGGUUAUUGAAGGCUUGAAUCCAAAUGAAGAAGAACAUAGGACCUAUUUGGAUGUGGAACCUAUUACUGGAUUCACUUUACAAUUUGCAAAAAGGCUGCAGAUCAAUAUACUGGUCAAGCCAUCAAAAAAAAUUGAAACAUUGAAGAAUCUGAAGCGUAACUAUAUUGUGCCUAUUCUUUGGCUUAAUGAGACUGCUACCAUUGGUGACGAGAAAGCAGAAAUGUUCAGAAAUCAAGUAACCGGAAAAAUAAACCUUCUUGGCCUGGUAGAAAUGGUCUUAAUCAGUGUUGGUGUGGUGAUGUUUGUUGCUUUUAUGAUUUCAUACUGUGCAUGUCGAUCAAAGAAUAUAAAAUAAACAGCAAAUGAGUCUUUGCUUUUAUGCACCAGCUACAUCAGGACCUUUGGUAAUAUCGAGCUACAAAAUGAAGAUUUAAUAUACUUUAUUUCUACAAAACACACCUUACCUUUUAGUUGAAGAAACAGCAGCACUUUUUUUUUUUUUUGCCAUAACCAGCAGCACAUUUCUAAAGGAUUAUUAAGAUGCCAUUAAAAUUCAUACUUUGAACAAAAAACCUGCACCUUUCAAAAUUCAUCAUUUAUACCAUUGAUUUGAUUUCAGUUGCUACAGACCUGGCCCAAGUAUGAGCCAAUUGCUUUUAUCGGGUACUCAUUCACUAAUUGGUUCCCUGGUGACAAAUUUAUCAGAAGAGUGGGCAUUCUAAACAAAUCCUGGGCUCUGAACUCAUCAAAGUGAAAGCACCACCGCCCUCGGCAGUGUCCUUGUUUGGCUGCAACAGAACAGAUCAGAGGACUGUCAGUACAUCACAUUUCAUGUGCACCAAAUAUUUUGAAAGACAUUCAAAAAUGGAAAAGAAAUGAUUGGUUUAUGAGACAUUUGUUAUACAUGACUUAAGUUUGUUUUCCUAUAGAAUCCUUUGUACAGUGACAACAGGCAUCAUAACUGUUUUUUUUUUUUUUACUUUCUAGCAAUAUGGACUUAUAAUUUUUCACCACUGAUCAUGCAAAAGGACAUAAUUUUAGCUCCUUUUAGCUCUUCAUGCUUAUGGACUGUCAUUUCCAAAGUUCUACAGUCAUUCUGAAAAUCUGAAUAGACUGAUCUUUUUCCUCAUAGCAGUUUAUACUUGGCAACCUCAGAAUGCUGUGCUAAUAUUAGCAGAUGUAAACGGUAAUAAAGGAAUUAUCAUAUGGAAGGUUACAAAGAGUAGAAUGUGCUUUAACAGUUAUUAUAAUAUUUCUCGCUUUCAUAGUCAUCCCAGAAAGGCUAGUUUCAACCAUUAAAAGAUGUUCUUCCUUAAAUCCCUGUGCUUUGCUUAGUUGCUGAUGUAUCACAAAAUUUUUGCUCUAAGUUUCUUUCUGAAGUAUUCUUUCUGAGUCAAUAUUUCUUUCUGAAUUCAAUGUUGACCACAUUGUCUUAUGCUAUUUUUUAAAGCCAAUUAGAGGAAAAGCAAAAAAAGAUCCUUGGUUUUAUCUUUUACAGAGCAGGACUUGAGGUCUAGACUUUGAAAAUGUUUCCUUUUUAUUAGCAAACAUUUACAUGUAAUCCUGCUUUCCUUAGGAGGGAUUCACAGACUGCAGAGAGCAAUAAAUCUUAUGAAACACUCCAGCACCAAAAGGGAAACUGGCCCAAAUUCUGUAUUGUUUUUUACAAUAAGGACACAGGACAAAGAUGUGGUAGUUGGCUUGUUUGGACACUAAAAUUAGGAAUAACUUGGCCGUUUUAUGCAAGCUGCCAGGGUAAAUGUCAAGAAAUCCUUUUGAAAACCCAAAACUAAGACACCACCAGUUUGGAAUUAUCUGCAAAAUCUGUAGAUACUUGAAAUAUACUGAUUCAGUCUAUUUCCAUUUAAUUGGUGAAAAAAAGUGUUCCUAGAAGAUAUUUAUAAGCAAGAUGAGAUUUUAGACAUUCUUUUCUGAUAAUCAAGAGAAAAGUCUACUCUAUUUUCACUUGUUUAUUUGUGGAUAUGCUGAUCUAAAAGAAGUAUAAAGGAGAUUCCUUUAAUCUUGAGAUAUGUAAGGCUGAAAUAUGUAAAGCAGAAAUUGUUCGAAAGAAUUGGGUGAAGAAAUACAUAUCCCAUCUCACAUCAGCUCUCUAUAGCCAACCAAUGACUUCUAUCUUAAAAUCUUUGUACAGUACUUUAUCUCCACAUCAUGACAUUUAGGCUUCAGAGAAAAGUAUUGUUUAACUACAUACAUACAUAAUCUAAUCUUCAUCAUUCCUCAGCAUUUCCUUUUACCUAAAUUCUAUAAAAAAUGUAUAAGAGAAAAGGCAAUCCAUACACAAGAACUGAUGGAUUAUAUUAAAAACAUCUGGUAAGAAAAGUUAUUCUUUAAGAAAUAGAUGAUAGAUUUUUUUGAUAUGGAAACUGGGGUUUGGAUUUGUGUGUGUUUGUGUGUGUGUGCUGGAGAGGGUAGGGGGACACUUUUGGGAAUAUAUUAAAUGUGUGAUGUUUUGUUUUGCCCUGUAAAAAUGUAUUAUUUUCAGUGAGGGUGAAUGUAUAAAUAUUUUUAUAUGGA